AUGACAAAAAUAGAACCUGUUUCUUUGGUAAUAGGAGUAAUAUUAUUGUCACAGACUAUGGUUGGAGUUAUGGGAAAUUUUUUUCUUCUUUACCAUUAUCUUUUCAUUUACCACACAAAAAGCAAGUUGAGAUGCAUAGAGUUGAUUCUCAAGCACAUCCUCAUAGCCAACUCCUUACUGAUUCUUUCUACAGGACUGCCUCAGACAAUGGUAGCCUUUGGACUGAAAAAUUCUCUCAAUGACUUUGUCUGCAAAAUUAUCUUUUAUGUUGAGAGAGUGGGCAGGGGCAUGUCAAUUGGAACCAUCUGCCUCUUGAGUAUUUUCCAAACUGUCACAAUCAGCCCCAUGAAUGCCUGCUGCAAAGACCUUAAAAUUAAAGCUCCAAAGUAUGUAGAAUUUUCCAUAUAUCUCUGCUGGUUUGUGCACAUGGUGGUAAAUUUCAUUUUUCCUCUCUAUCUGUUAUAUGUCUCGGGAAGAUUGUCUAGCAAAAACAUCACAAAGGAAAGAAAAAUAAGAUUUUGUACUCACACAGAUCUUGGGACAAUCCUAGGCCCAAUCUAUGUAGUGUUAGUAGCAUUCCCUGAAGUUGCUUGCUCUGUUCUCAUGAUCUCUGCAAGCAGCUAUAUGAUUUUUACUCUGUAUCAACACAAGCAGAGGGUCCAACACAUUCACAGGACCAAUGUCUUCUUCAGAUCCCCUGAGUCCAGAGCCACCAAAAGCAUCCUCCUUCUGGUGGGCACUUUUGUAUCUUUUUACAGCCUGUCCUCCCUCUUUAACAUUUCUAUCGCUCUUUUUCCUCAGGCAUAUGGGAGGCUGGUAAUAAUUUCUGAUAUAGUUUCUGUGUGUUUUCCAACUAUAUCUCCCUUUCUGUUAAUCAGCCAGGACUCUUCUAUAUCCAGGCCCUGCCUUAUCUGGAUAAGGAAUGCACUCUCCAUUUACAAGAAAUAA